GAUUCCCAAAAGGUGUUUCCUCAAUAGGCGACACGUGAAAAUUGGAAACAUGACAGCAGCAGACACUAAACAGCAUGGCAGUGUUAAACUGAUGAUAAUGCAGUUUGCAGCCGGUGGAUGUGCAGGAUUCGUGGAAGUGUCCAUCAUGCAUCCACUGGACUUGAUUAAAACUCGAUUCCAGAUACAGGGAGGACCCGAAGACCCUCACCGUUAUACGUCCAUUGUUGACUGUUUUCGCAGGAUGUACAAAAGUGAAGGGCCUUUAUCAUUCUACAAAGGAAUCCUGCCUCCACUGCUAGCUGAAACUCCAAAGAGAGCUGUCAAGUUCUUCACAUUCGAAAGAUACAAGACAUUAUUUGCAUAUGGUGACUACCUUGCACAACCACUGGUUCUUACUGCAGCUGGUUUGUUUGCAGGGAUGACAGAAGCUUUAGUCAUUAAUCCAUUUGAAGUGGUAAAAGUCCGACUUCAGGCAGAGCGAAGUGCAUUCAAGAAACAACCAAGUACAUUUCAUUUAGCCAGAGAAAUUGUUGCUAAAGAUGGAUUUGGUCUGAAGGGUCUCAACAAAGGGUUAACCUCUACACUGGGGAGGCAUGGUGUGUUUAACAUGGUGUACUUCAGCUUCUACCACAACAUAAAGGCAAUAGUGCCGGAAGUAAAGGAUCCCAGAUAUGACCUUCCAAGAAGGUUUGUCAUUGGUCUUGGAGCUGGUGUUUUAGCUUCUUGUAUCAACAUUCCUUGGGAUGUAGCUAAGAGUAGGAUCCAGGGACCACAGCCAGUGCCUGGCCAGAUCAAAUACAGAACCUGUUUCCAGACCAUGAAGCUUGUCUACAGAGAGGAAGGGUAUUUUGCGUUAUACAAAGGAUUGCUGCCUAAAGUUCUCAGACUUGGUCCAGGUGGUGCGAUAAUGCUGUUAGUCUAUGAGAUGGCCUUUGAUUGGAUGAAGAUGAAUUUAUAAAGCACGACUUGUAUCAUUUCGGUUGAUUUUGGUGUAUAUUAUUUCGUAUACUUUGGAAAUGUCUGGGCUCUGUGCGCAUGUUUCCCUUUUCACUAGAGAUUCGCGGUAUAACCAGUAUACUGGCAUCCCGCAAUAUAAAUUUUGAACAAUAAUUAUCAUGAUAUUGCAGUCAUAUAUUUUGUACGUGUUUUAGUGCACACAUAUUAUAUAUUCAAACAGAAGUUACCAGUUUAAGAAGAGAAACAAUAUCUUUCCAUGUUCGGAACAAAUCUCGAUUGACUGGUGUAUAAUUUUAUUGAGUUGUACAAAAUGUACAUGAAAUUUAAGCACUUUAUAAAUAACCAAUUGAGAAAUGGUCUUUGCAAUUCAGGUUCCUCUAUUGCAAUACAGUUUAUUAAGUUAUACAAAAUAUACAUGAAAUUAGAGCACUUUAUAAAUUUUAACAAUUGAAAAAUGGCUUUGCAAUUCAGGUUCCUGUAAAUUUUAUUUUAUUUCUGUUUUAUGCCCUAUUAUGGCAGCUAGUUCCUUUUUUAAAUAAUGGAAUGGAUUGUUUAACAUGCACAUUCAGAGCAGGCUGUUGUAGCGUAUGCCUGUCCUGGGCACAGGUGCCGGCCUCGGCUGGCUCAUCCGUCCAGGACAGGAAAGGUGUGGGGUGGGUAGGAGGGGGGACCGCCUGCACUGGCAUGUGCAAGGGAUCACCAGCAGUCUGACUGUAGCCAGUAACAGGUUGAGGGUGUUUUAAAUAAUGAUUUUAGCCCUCUUUUUAUAAUUAAUGUUUUCUUUAUAGACCACUAACUUUUAAAAAAUAUUUGUUAUCAAGGUUGCAUUUUAAACACUGGCAUAGGAAGUGGGGGUGAAAAGAGGGGCAUGUACCCCCCACGCAGCAGCAGCGAUGGUUUUUAUAUAUUUAUACAUGUAUUUAUAUAUGUGUGUGCCCCCCACUUAUUGGCACCUUCGUACACCUGUGUUAACAUGGCAUGUUUCAUUAUAGAUUUGAUCUCAAGGGAUGUGCCUUUGUGAAAAUCAAAGUAAACUUUCAAAUAUUUUACUAAAUUUUAAAUAUGUGUCAUUAAGCAUGCAUUUUAGAUAAUUGUGUGCAUUUUUACAAUGUCUACAUUGCAUGUUUUAUUAUAGAUUUAAUCUCAGAGGCCUUUGUGCGAAUCAAAGUAGACUUUCGAAUAUUUUACCAAAUGAGAGUUUUGAAAAAGUUGAGAUGUUAAUAGUUUUAUGUCUAACGAUAAACCAGCCGUAAAGAUAUAUUUGCUGUAACUAGACUAGCUGAUGAUUCCCCACAAUCCCAGGACUAAUGUGUGAGACAGAGACCGCUCACUAGAGUUUGUAUUAAGUGGGAGAAUUGGUGCACAGUGUUUAUACAUUUUCUAGCUUUUUGUAAACAGAAAAUGGCUUGGCAGUGUUAAGCAAAGUAACAUUAUAUAUAUUUAAAGGAUAUUUUGCAAGAUAAAUAUGUAUCUUGAGUUUAUUUUGUCUGGAGCAACAAUAUACAUACCACUAUGUGAAGUUGUAUUUAGUUCAAAAUAACAGUUAAUCUGAAGUUAUUUUAGUUCAAAAUAACAGUUAAUCUGAAGUUAUUUUAGUUCAAAAUAACAGUUAAUCUGAAGUUAUUUUAGUUCAAAAUAACAGUUAAUCUGAAGUUAUUUUAGUUCAAAAUAACAGUGUAUCUGAAGUUAUUUUCGUUCAAAAUAACAGUGUAUCUGAAGUUAUUUUAGUUCAAAAUAACAGUGUAUCUGGAGUUAUUUGUACAUUUAGUUCUGAAUCACAGCCUAUUAUGAAGUUAUUUGUAGUGCUAAAUAAUGUGUAUCCAGAGUUAUUUGUAGUGCAAAAUUAGUGUAUAUGGAGUUAUUUGUAGUUGAGAAUAAAAAAGUAUCUGGAGUUAUUUCUAUUGCAUAAUAAUAUCUUGAUUUAUUUGUAAUCAAAAUAAAAGUAUCAUGAAUUAUUUCUGUUGCAAAAAAAAAAAGUGUAUCUAAAGUUAUUUGUAGUCAGAAUAAAAGUGAAUGCAGAGUUGUUUGUAUUGCAUAAUAAAAGAGUAUCUUGAGUUUUUUGUAAUAAAAAUAAAAGUAUCUUGUGUUAUUUCCAUUGCAAAAUAAAAGUGUAUCUAGAGCUAGUUGUAGUCAAAAUGUAUGUAGACUUAUUUGUAGUGCAAAAUAAAAGUGUAUCUGAAGUUAUUUGUAGUACAAUCCUACUCGUUGAGCUCAUUGGGCUAAUUCUCGCUCCAGCCAGUGCACCACGACUGGUAUAUCAAAGGCCAUGGUAUGUGUUAUCUUGUCUGUGGGAUUGUGAUAUAAAAGAUUUGUUGCUGCUAAUCAAAAAGAGUA